UCUCAUUCUCUGUCUAUGUGACCAAAAAAAGACUGUUUUCACAAUGGGUCUCCCUUGAAUCACAAAGAAAUUUAUGUUUAAGCUAAAGAUAAUCUCGGAAACUAAUACAUAACUUCUGGGUUCGUUUUGUUUUUCAAUUUUGGGUAUUGAAAAAAUAUGUCUUUCUACGUGGGUAUGAUUAUGGGUGUCACCCUCGGCAUUGGGUUCAUCGUAGCUUUUGCUCGUUAUGAAAAAGUCCGAUCCAAGCGCCGUUCAAAUUUGGCGAAGGUGGUGGCAGGAUUUUCAAGAAUGACAGUGGAGGAUUCAAGAAAGAUUCUUCCAGAUGAUUUUUAUCCAACUUGGGUCGUAUUUUCACAGCGACAGAAGUUAACUUGGCUUAAUCUCCAACUUGAAAAGAUUUGGCCAUAUGUUGAUGAGGCAACAUCAGAGCUGAUAAGAAACAAAAUGGAGCCAAUUCUUGAGCAACAUAGACCAGCAAUCUUAGCUUCACUCAAGUUCUCCAAGUUGACCCUCGGCACUGUGGCUCCACAAUUUACAGGAGUUUCCAUCAUUGAAAGUGAAAGUGAUGCUCAGGGAGUCACUAUGGAGUUGGAGAUGCAGUGGGAUGGUAAUCCACAUAUUGCACUUGAUAUUAAAACCAAACUCGGUGUGGCAUUACCUAUACAGGUAAAAAAUAUUGGAUUCACUGGGGUUUUCAAGUUAAUCUUCAAGCCAUUUGUUGAUGUGUUUCCUUGUUUUGGAGCUGUUUCUUAUUCACUGAGUGAAAAGAAAAAGCUGGAUUUUACUCUUAAAAUUGUUGGGGGUGAUGUAUCAGCAAUUCCAGGGGUUUCUGAUGCUAUUGAGGAAACCAUACGGGAUGCUAUUGAAGAUAGUAUAACAUGGCCAGUUCGGAAAGUUAUACCCAUAUUACCUGGGGAUUAUAGUGACUUAGAGUUGAAGCCUGUUGGAACAUUAGAAGUGAAGUUAGUGCAAGCAAAGGACUUGUUGAAUAAGGACCUCGUUGGGAAAUCUGAUCCUUAUGCUGUCGUAUUCGUACGUCCACUACGUGACAGAAUGAAAACCAGUAAAACAAUCAAUAACGAAUUGAAUCCAGUCUGGAAUGAGCACUUUCAGUUCAUUGUUGAAGAUGCAUCUAGCCAAAAGUUGACUGUAAGAGUUUAUGAUAAUGAAGGAGUUCAGGCUUCUGAACUCAUUGGUUGUGCUCAAGUGCCACUGAAGGUCCUUGAGCCUGGUAAAGUUAAGGAUGUGUGGUUGAAACUGGUGAAGGAUUUGGAGGUUCAAAGAGACACUAAAUACAGGGGCCAGGUGCAGUUGGAGCUCUUGUACUGUCCUAUUGGCACAGAAAGUAGCUUUACAAACCCUUUUGAUCCUGAAUACUCAAUGACCGCUUUGGAGAAGGCCCUGAAGAGUGGAACUGAUGGAACAGAGGUUGGUGGUCUUGGAAAAAAUACAUUGCAUAAGAAGAGCAAAGUCAUUGUAAGAGGAGUAUUAUCUGUGACAGUAAUAUCUGCUGAAGACUUGCCAGUAGUAGAUUUGAUGGGAAAGGCCGACCCCUAUGUCAUCCUUACUAUGAAAAAAUCUGAAACAAAAGCCAGGACUAGGGUCCUAAAUAACAACUUAAAUCCAGCCUGGAAUCAAACAUUUGACUUUGUUGUGGAGGAUGCAUUACAUGAAAUGUUAAUAGCAGAAGUUUGGGACCAUGACACUUUUGGAAAGGACAAAAUAGGAAGCGUCGUCAUGACACUCACUAGGGUCAUAUUAGAAGGGGAAUUUCAGGGCAGUUUUCAAAUAGAUGGUGCUAAAUCAGGAAAGCUUAAUUUGCAUCUAAAGUGGAUUCCACAGAAUAAAUUACGGGAUUUUUAAUCUGUGUAACAUAAAAGGCAUGUGAGUUGACUUAAUUUCGCUUCAAUUCCUUCACCAUCCUUAUAGGCAAAUGGCAUUGGCUGUUAAUAGCAUGUAAAUCUGUAAGGAAAUCCAAGGCAAAACCUCAAAGAUUUUCAGUCAGUCCUCUCUUGCCAUACACACCAGUCAGAUUGCUUUUCUAUGUCAACGCUACAAAAAAAAUCUCAAGGGAGCACAGACUUGGUGUAAAUUAUUUGGCAUGGCACUUGCGGAUAGCUACAUUUUCGGUGCUGUUGAUGUAGAUGAGACUGAAUAGAUUACAAUAAGAAGGCAGAUGUUUAUAUAGGACACAAGAUAUUCAAGCUUUUGUAAACUUCCACAGGUCAUUUAUUUAUGUAAAUUCCAAAUUUCAAAUUUUUUUGUUGUUUGAACACUUCCAAUUUAUGUUA